AUCAAUAGCUGCACCGGCUGUUAUCCGUUUCUCCUCAUCAACCUGUGCAGGGAACACGUACCGACAGCUUGGACAGACUUUAAUCCGCAAACAGGGAUAAUGACAGGGGAUCACUGGGGAUAUGGAAUAGAGGACGGUCCCUCUGUAUGGCACAAAACCUACCCCAUUGCCCAAGGGAACCGGCAGUCUCCCAUUGACAUCGUCCCUCAUCAGGCUUCCUGUGACCCCAGUUUGGGCCCAAUUGUCCUAAACUAUGAUCACUGUACCUCCAUGAACAUUGCCAAUAAUGGACACUCUGUAAUUGUGGAGUUUGAUGACACUGAUGACCGUGUAGUGAUUCAGGGAGGUCCUCUUGACAACCCAUACAAACUUAAACAGUUUCACUUCCACUGGGGUGGAAAAGGCUGCCAUGGUUCAGAGCACACUGUUGCAGGAAAUAGCUAUGCAUCUGAGCUUCACUUAGUGCACUGGAAUGCUGUCAAAUAUGGAACAUUUGAGGAGGCAGCAACAGCUCCUGAUGGCCUUGCUGUUCUUGGUAUCUUUUUAGAAACAGGUGAUGACCACAGAUGGCUCAACAUGAUAACGGAUGCUCUGUACAUGGUGAAAUUUAAGGGCAGUGUCACAGAUUUUGAAGGUUUCAACCCCAUGUGCCUCCUACCUAGCAGCCUCGACUAUUGGACCUACCUGGGAUCACUGACCACACCACCUCUAUAUGAGAGUGUCGUCUGGAUCAUCCUUAGGGAGCCAAUUAUGGUGUCUGAAAAGCAGCUGAGCAAGUUUAGAAUGCUUCUGCUCACUGAAGAGGAAGAGGAUCAGAGGAUACACAUGGAAAACAACUUCAGACCUCCUCAGCCUCUCAAUGGAAGGAAGGUUCGUUCCUCCAUUUAAUGAGACUUGAAGUCGCAGAAACAAUAGCGCAUUUAGACAACGGUGAAUACAUCGUGUAUUUUUACCUCAUAGUAGCUUGUCCUGAGAAUUUGAUUUACUUUGUAGAGAAGAUGCAAUGGCCAGUGAUAUGCAUGCCUCUCUCUGCUGGUCAGUAGAGAGGAGCAGGGGAACAGUUUUUAGGGAAAAAUAAAGGGGAUGAUAUAAAGCAA